AUGCUUUCGGAGCCCACUAAUAAUCCGGUCUUGGACAACUUGGCAUCUGUGUGUGCCGGGGGUCUUGCUGGCCUGUGUUCUACCAUCAUCACAAACCCUUUAGACACUAUUCGUGUAAGACUCUCAGCCGGCAGUUCUGCUACCGGAAAAUCCCAUAAAAGCCUCAUCAAGACAACUAGAGAGCUUUUCCAGGGUGGUCUUGUGCAUGCAUUUAGUCGUGGUCUGGGUGCUAAUAUCAUGGCUUCCAUGCCAUCUAAUGCCGUCUAUCUACCAACCUAUCACUUUUUAAAGCGGAAGAUGUGUGAAUAUGGCGUGAAUGAUGAGAUUCGACCCAUGAUAUGCGCCUGCGGCUCCGUGAUGGUUACCAAUUACACACUCGCUCCCCUUUUUUUAGUGCGUACUCGCGUCCAAGUUGACUCCAGGAUUUCUAUUCGCGAAGUUUUCCUAGACGUGAUUCACCGAGAGGGUAUGAAGGGUUUCUACCGUGGCACACUCACAAAUGUGUUGGGUCGUUUUGUUGAGGAGAGUGUUUUUUGGACUGUCUACGAACUUUUGAAGCGUAUCACAAACGAAGGGACUUUUACGGGACGCAAUUUUAUUUGGGCUUCUGCGGCUAUGCUGUCAUUAACUGUGGUGGGUAAACUUGCAGCGACUUGCGUUGCUUAUCCAUAUAAUGUCAUCAUGAAUCAUAUGCGCACGGUCAACAAGCUCACUGGCAAGCAUGACUACGUCCACGUUGGUGCCACCAUCCGGCACGUAUAUCAUCAAGAUGGCUUAGUGGGCUUCUACAAGGGCCUCUCUCCACAGUUAAUGCGUAAUCUUAUUAGUAAGGCAACGCAAAUAUACUCGUUUGAGCUACUGAUGUUUGCUUAUGCAGGAAUGCGAACAAAGAGUCACCACCUCACCAUUGACAAGCUAAUUGUGCCACAGCCUCCUGCCCCGUUGGAAGAUUAA